CAUAAACUAAACGAAUUAUUCCAUGUUCAGUAACUUUAACAAAGAUGAUAUAAAGAUAUCCUGGCUACGCCACUGCUAUGUGAUCAAAAAGCAAACGUUUAAUAGGCAAUCGUGAUUAAUUUAUAAUGUUACGUUGAUAUCCAAAUCAUUAAUAUGGAAAUUGUUUCGUCACAAGAAAAAAUUCCCGGAUAUUUAAUCGAUUCCAUAGUUACAAAAAGUAUUCAAUUACCAAUUACCCUUUUAUGUGGGAUUCAAUUAUGCCGCAACUAAUGUUCCACAAUUGCAAUAAUGAAAAUCACAUAUUUCUCAAGUAUUUAAUCCUAAUAUUUUUAUCAUCUUUCAACAAAUCAUAUGCCAACUUCACCCGUUUUACAUUUUCCCGGACAUAUUAUAGCGGCUACAUAUACGAAGGAUCCGAGGGUCAGGAUUUGGUUUUACCUGUUAUAUCACCGAUUAAUUCGGACUCAGGUUAUAACGAUUCAUUAGCUUGGGCCGAGUUAUUUAUGGGAAUACCAAUACCAUGUAAUGCCGAAAUAUAUGGAAAUGCCACGGGGAUAAAUAAGGUCGUUAAAGAAGGUAUUCGUUACGUUAUAACCGGUUACGAAUUCAAAAUAAUAGAGGGGGACCCCGAAAAUAUGUUUCAAGUGGAAACUGCCGUAGAUGGCUCUCUUAUACGUGUCGUUGUGCGUGUUCGGAAAAAUAGGGCCGAGGAAGUUAAUCGAGAGCGGAAGGCUCGCUACUCUGUCGAGAUUUCCAGUGUCGUAAAAUACCACAUUGUUUCAAAGGAGCCGAAUGGAACGAACCGCGAACAUGUCAAAUAUGAUCGACCCCGCCAUGAAACUUAUCCCGCUAGGGGUGACCUAAAAGCCUCUUUUCCGUAUAGCUUGUCCAAUAAAUCCCUUGAUUCUCUGAAUCCUGACCUAUACGAUUUACCGGAUGAUAUAUUUCUCAAAAAUUCUCAAAUUUAUUAUGCCAAAUUUUUCGAAAAACCUUACCCAUUCCAAAGCAAGAAAAAUGAUAAAAACAAUGAUCGACGAAUUAAGCCUACCAGGAAACACAUACGAAGACAGAAAAAACGUCUAAAAAUGGCGGCCCGUCACGGCUCCUCUAAAUUCCGUAAAAAUUUGAAAUACUCUAAACGAUAUUCAAAGGAACGUAUAUCUCGCGAUCGUUGCACGUUGGCUAUAUCCGUACGCGACUCCAACGAACUGACUCCACUAUUUAAUCACAAAUCCUAUUACUUGACUUUGAAAGACGAUUCGAAUUAUUCGCUAUACGCACCACUCCUUAAGAUUAUCGCAUCGGAUGCUGACGCGGGAGAAAACGCUCGAGUUUCGUACAGUUUUUUGCGGUUCCAGCCCGGGUUUGAUAUGGAUUCUAAUACGGGUGAAGUAUUCUUGACCCAAAGAACCGAUCAAUUGAAAGGAUUCGAGGAUGGUUGGCUCAACCUAACAAUUGUGGCUGAGGACCACGGACCAAUGUCCAACAGAAAAUCCAAUUCGAUUACCCUCCACGUCUUUUAUAACAAAACCGACAUAACAAAGUCCUUUGAUCCGCUCAUGGAUGUCUUAGAAUACAGCGCCGGGGAGCUAUCCAAAUCCGACCACUAUCACCUUUCAGUCGAUCACUUGAAUGCUGAUUCUUUUUUUUUAGACCGGGUUUUAGCGGUAAUUAGAAUUCGACCUAACCCUGCUCAAACUUCAGCCUGUGAUAUUAUAUCAGUCAGUUUAAAUUUAACCCAUAACGGAUCCGCCUUUUUCGAACUUAAAGAGAUUCCAAAUAGCGACUUCGAUAACGAAUAUAGUGACGAAUCGAUAGAGUCGAAAAACCGAUCUUAUCAACUCAUAUUGAAUUAUAAGAGAUUAGCACUUCUGGUAACGUCAUCAAGAGUAUCUCGGCCAUCAAACGAAUUUGUACCGUUCGAGAAUAAUUUUCAUGUCCGGCUCAAAAUCGUGACGAGCCAAGGAGAAGAAUCAUAUUCCAGCCACGAUGCCACUCUGACGUUGACACAAUAUCAGGCAUUUUUGAAAAAAUCAUUGACUCUCAGCUUUGAGGCCCUUACUCCCAUUGAACUCAAUGAGUUUACACCUUUCAAUACGCCUAUCGUUGAGCUCCACACGACUAAACAGGCGCGGAGCUUGAAAAAAUGUGGUUUUUUCAAAUACCGCCUCAUUACUGGAAACACGGAUGGUCUAUUCGAAAUCGAUCACGAUGUCGGAAUUAUUCGAUUGAAAGGCCCCACCUUCCGAUCACGGUCUCGAGACGUCGUCUUCCCAUUAUUCAGAACCGGUUAUUCAACUGUACUCGGUAAAUCAAACCAGUUUUACGAUUUGAACGUCGAAGUGGCCUUUGUCAAGCACGUCGUCUCUAACGUGGAAUGUCGUUUAUUACACAGAUUUUAUGAAUUUUACUUCCUCAAUGGCCUUACCAAGCUUGUCAACUCUAACAGCGUAAACAUGAUACCGGUUCGGAUAGUUGUGCCACAACUUGAAAUCGACAUCUUUAUCUACGCUAAUGAACCUUACCAGCGCAUAACUUUCAAAGUAUUCGAUGCUAACGUCGACAACGUUUCCACUUCUUUCAUGGAAAUCAACAAUCUCACCCUUUCGCAAGGUAUUAACUCCAUCGACGAUUCCUCAAAUGGUCGGUAUCUUUUUGACUCCUUUUUAAUCGCAACCAAAUCUUCGGUUAAAAUCAACGAUUCUUUCACAAAUAAUGAUAAUAAUCGAUCACUAGGCCAAGGUGAUAGCAUUUUUUUCGUCGAUUCCUUUACCGGUCAAGUUCGAGUGAAUGUCACAAACUUAAGAAUUUUAGGGAGAAGUGAAUUUUCUACCUUCUGUAACAUUUCUUUCUUACUUUUGGUCCAGGUCAUUGAUCGUGCCACCGUAUCUAAACACAAACUAUCUUCAAUUAGUUACAAGUUACUAGAUAUCAAAGUUAUUUACGAACGACCCUGCCUUGAAUUUAAUAAUAGAGAAAAUAAUAAAUUCCCCCUACGACCCCACUCGAAAGACUUAAUUAGCCGCAAUAUUGAUGUACACUUAGGGGACUCCAUUAAACGAAGAGGGGUAAUUAUUGACAUGUACGCCAUCGUUUUACCUUACCUAGGUUGGAGCCUAGUUUAUUCUAAGCGUAACAUGCCUGGAACGAGAAAUUUUACCCACAACGGGCCAAUAAACGACCUUUAUCACAAAACGCUCUUGCAACGGCUUUCAAGAUAUCUUUUCUUCAUGUCUGAUCCAAAUGACUACAAUUGUUUUGAUCUGGACAUUGAAGAAGGAUCACUUUAUUCAAAAGAUGGAGUCAACACCUCCCAAUGUUUUGGCGAUAGGAACUCCAGCGUCGUCGUUAUCUUCGAAAGAUUGAUUAACGUUUUGGUUGUUAGUUUUUACGACCGAAAAGUUAUUCAUAAAUUGCGAUUGUUGCUCUACUUUCACCCAUUGGAACAGGUCCAAAAAUUUAUGACACCCAAAUAUGGUGGGCCAGAGCUUCCAGAAUUAGUUCACUAUUAUAAUUUAAAUGAGACUGGGCCUGAGCUAAGCCACUUAAAUUACCUGACUGAUCUCUUAUAUGACUUCCAAACAAUCCUCUCAAAUACAGCAAGCCCUUUACCAUUAUUAGUUAAUGUAACUGAUCGAUCUAUCGGCUCUACUGUUUUCUCUUUUCCGCGAUCUAUGUUGGAUUUUCGUUGUACACAGAACGAAACUUGGAAAUUAGUCCAAGCAUCGCAAAUCAUAUCAGAAUCGCUCGGCGGGUUCGCGUCUGUAAUGUUCGUGUCCAGACCUGUUCCGGAAUUUUUGGGGCUUGACCCUUUCGACUCAACUCGAAUAUAUAUCUCGUCCAAUCCCCAGGACCAAAUAGGAAAAAGCGUCAGCUUUACCAUAGCAAUAAGCGUUUACAAAACAAAUCGCCACGAUAUUAAUCCUAAAUUUUGUCGUUUGAUAACAUUCGAAGUGAAUAUAACGUUGUUGUUCGAGGAUAUUUACUAUUCGUUGAAUUUCAAUGGGCCCAUUUUUAUAGAUCGAGGGUUGCCAGUCUCCGUGUUCCGCUUUGCUUUACAAAUGAACGAUGUAAUGAAAGCUACCGGUGAUACUUCUCAAAAUAGAUUAUCGCUAGGCAUGGUGAAGGUAAAUAAUGGGCGUAUGAUAAAUUCGCCAUUAGGCAGGUUUCGUUUCUUGAAACUAUCUAUUGAUAACAAGUAUUUAGACAUCGAUCCCAUUUCUGGACUCGUUUUUAUGGCAAUGUCCCAUUUGAGGGAUCGACUAUUUAUCUCAUCUGUCCAAGUUGUUAGCGCACAAGAAAUUUCCAGGCUGGUUGGAUUAUAUGAAAACGUUUUAGCAGAUGUUUUGAAUAGCUUGAGCUUGACUAUAGCCCUGGUCAGAGAAGGAGGAAUUAAUUCAUCGACACCAGUAAUACUAGCUAAAGCCCGCGUGCUUGUUCAAUUGGUAAAUAUCAACGCUUUUCUCUUCAACAUUUCAAACAGUUUGAGUUUUGACUCAUCGAUAUGGAAUAAAACGGCUACAACAUUUUCAAUCCGCUACGAUGACCCAAUCCAUACCCUAGUCGGUUCUCUUAUUCCGCUUCAAAUCUUCCCUUCGAUAAAGUUGGCAUUACGAUUCAGGUCCCAUCUAACCCCUCCAGACCCUUUCUUUCUGGAUUCUAACGAUAAAUGCAAAAUUCGUUAUCGAGUAAUGGAUCCCCCUUUGAGUUUUGCCUUCAAUCAAUCUUCUUCCACAUCCAGUUACUAUUUAAACGUGAGACACCUAAGACACAAAUCAACGGAUUCGUUCAGCGAACACUCAUUUUUUAGAAUCGACCCGUUUACCGGUGAGAUCAUGUUAAUCAAAGAUCCGAUGAAACCCCAGUUACCCCCUAAAGUCGAAUGGCAUAUAACCGUAAGGCAAGAAUUGGUGUGUGGAUAUACCUAUGCCCCUAACUUAAAAAUGUUACGUCAUGAUCAAAAUGUCUUUGUGGACGAGGCCCUUAUCGCCUUUAGAUACAGGCGCGUCGCAAUUAAGAUAGAGGAAUCAACGGGUUCCAAUAAUUUUUUUCCUCACUUCAAGAGGGUAAUAGAAGCUCCCGGGUCGAUGAAGGAUGCCAAAACGUUGAAUUCGCAAGAGCUUUUAAGUUAUAACUCGAAGAAAAUUUUAAAAUUACGAAUCUUUUUUGAUAAAUUAGAUGACACUAUUAUUAAAGUGUCAGCCCAAGAUCUCGAUUUAUCAGCAUCAGGGCCGGAUCAAAACAUAAGAUAUUCUAUAGUUUACGAUUAUUUUGCUCAAGCUGAAGACGGUCAUAAUAUUCUUCCUCAUCCUUAUAGAUUUUCGAAGCCAUGGAAGCUUGUGGUCAUCAAUGAAUCCACAGGCGAAAUCAAAGUUAGAAAAAUGUCCUCCUCUAAACAGUUAAUUUCUCUGCUGACCUCACCAGAAACUUGUAACUUAAAGCAGCGGGGCCGAUAUCAUUUACCUAUCAUCACAUCGUUGGGCCUUAUCGCUCGAGCACGAGACAAUAUAAAAGGAGAAAAAUACCCUAAAGCCAAUCUAAUCCGCGAUACAUAUUUGCCAAUAACGUUGAAAUUCUCGGCUAAAAGAAAAUCGCCCGAUUUCGAAGACACUAUCGUGGCAAAGGAAACUCAUUAUGUAGCCAGGAUACAUGAGAACUCUCCGCCCGAUACCUUCGUUACCAUUAUAACCGUCGUUCCGGUUCUAUAUUAUUUGUACGAAGGAGAGGAAGGGAUUGAAUCCUCAUUCAACCAGUCAUCACCGUCCAACAACCAUAAAUUUUCCCUCUGGGGUUCCGAUUCCAAAUAUUUCGCCAUUUUACAAAACGGCAUAAUUGUGAUUAGCGAAUUUGUCAAUGAAAACCCACUAGACCGGGAAACGAAAUCGCUUUAUUCUUUCACGGUUUUUAUUAAAAAUUUAAACGAUCUAUCCAUCAACUCUAAAACGAGGGUUUACGUGACCUUGAUUGACGAAAACGACAAUGUACCACAAAUGACCCAAAAGAUUUACACCAUCAAGACGCCUAUCAUAGAAGCCAAAUUUUAUAAAAGAUUCCCCAUUUUCCAAGCGUUAGCCCUGGACCCCGACACAGAUGAAAACGCACGUAUUCAAUAUGGUUUCUAUAAAGGCACUGGCCCCCUAAUCCAUAACGGGGACGUAGGGUCAGUAAAAGAGCAUGAAAGUUCGCAAAUUGUGACCAUCGAUGGAACCAGCUUUCUCUUGGAUAUAACUACUGGGAGAGUUUACAUUACCGAUCCUUUGCCGACCGAGCCCCGAAAAUUUUUGUUGGAUAUAAAGGCAUUCAACCCAGUGGCCCCAAGUUUGUAUACGCACUCCCGUUAUAUAGUCAGAACGGUUCUAAUGGAUCCAUCUAUGAUCAGCGCAACGGAACCGCGUCUCCUUCCCUAUUACAACAUAUCCUUAUCCAAAUCUACAAAAGUCGGAGACACGAUCCAGAUUCCGUUAGCCAUCUCAGGCCUAUUUCUUGAUUCCGGUCCAAAGGUCUAUUGGGCUUGGUUCGGUAACGCCAAUUCUGGUAAUAUCGAACAGCCGGAUAAAAUCCCGUCCAACACGGGCUUUUACUUUAACAAUCAAGUGGACGCGAUCGUUUUAACUCAGUCGCACCUUAAGAAUGAUAGGCUCGCGUGUGAAUCAAGACCGUUUUUAUUUUACAUCACCGAUGGGUUCAAGAUUUAUCAAUCCGAAUUCCGCGUUAGCGUCGAUUGUAUCAAUGACACUUUCCCAAUUUUCGAAAAUCACUUCUACAGAAUAGAAAUCGGAGAAGACGUUCCUAUAAAUAGUUCGAUUUUACGACUCCUGACAAAGGAUUCUGACCCCAAUAACGGGCUUACAUAUUCCAUAUACAACUAUUUAAACGUGGAAUCGAAAUCGCGGUUCACUGUCCAUUCGAACUCCGGGGUUAUAUACGUCAGUAGAAAUCUUAACGCCAUUUUGGCACCUAUUCAUCUGUUAGUUGUCAGGGUAAUGGAUCAAAGUACGAAUAUUCCCGACUUUGCUCGAGUUUUGAUAACAGUUAAACCAGGCCAAAAAUGUUGCCCCGUCAUGUUAACGCAAGAUGUUUUGGUGGUUAAUUUUACCGCCGAUAGUCCGGUAGGCACUAAAUUGAUCCGUUUGGCUCUUAGUUCUAAUACUUCAACCAUAGGUGCUGUUAGAUUCGCAAUAGAAUCAGGAAACUAUCAUGGUCUCUUUGCUUUACACCCAUGGACCGGCCAGCUCUACUUAGCUCAAUCUCUGCUGUAUUCGGAAACCUUGGUUAACUUAAACAAUUCCCGUCAUCUCUUUCGUGUCAAUUAUUUCGCGCGAUAUCAGCUUAUUGUUUCCGCUUCCCCUCGUUUCCAAGAAACAACGGAUUCCGAUUUCGCAUUAGUUUUUUUGAACAUCCUUCCAGAUGGGCAAGCGUCAAACGUCGAGAUGAAAGCGAUAGGCAGCUCCUAUACAUACAAAGUUAAAGUGUUAGAAUCUACGCCUAAGGACACCCUGAUUUUAUCAUUGAGCGAUAAACCCGAACUAAAUGGGGGAAACAUGUACACAUAUAGGAUAAUGGAAGGAAACCAGGCUCUUCACUUUUAUAUCAACUUCCGCACAGGUGCCAUUUACAUUGACAGUCCCUUCAUUGACUCAAAAUCCUCUCUCCCAAAAGAACUUCCAUUUUGCAAAAGUGUGCGGAACGACGAGUUAAGUACACUGUUAAACCCCUAUUUAUACAUUCGACAUUUCACGAUAAUUAUCAUAGCUACAGCUUACUUCUACGACUAUAACAUCCCUCUCGGGGCUCAAACUGUUCAAAUCACUGUGAAAAUUGAAACUAUACCGGACUUAUCCAUGUUGAAGGCCCUGAAGAUUCGAUUUAGAACGGGUCGUCUAAACCGGCUACUUCGGAUUCCAUCUUUGACUGCAGAAUGGUAUGGGGAUCGGCAGUUACGACUUUUUGAUCCAUUCAGCAGUUCCAGAGUCCAAACUGUAUCAGAGUAUUUAGCAAGAACAGUUGGCAGGGGUUGUAUCAUAUCUGGGAACGUUGUCAACGAUAAUUAUCAUAAACCUAUCCAUAAAAAAGAAAAAGAUAACGACAAUCAUUACAAGUCGUUGGUCACCCCUUUCCUAUCUUACCGUAUUCACCCAGUUGACUUAUAUGGACCUGCCCAAAUAUUCUCUGUAGAUUCUCUCACAGGAUUGGUCAAAAUGUUCGAACAAUUACAUGGAGGGUAUAUAGUUCCAGAGUACCUAUCCAGCAUUCAGUUUAGGGUUCUGGUGAAAUUUGAACCCCCUAAACCAGAGCACCUCGCUCAUUUAGUCAAAUCGUUUGUCAUCGGCAUUGUAGGCAUAAACGUUUCAAUGAAACACCAAAUGCGGGUAAUUGAUCAUCCAAAGAGCCGCGAUGAUUUCAUUAACAAUGUAGAGACAACAUCAAGAGUCUCUAUUUAUGGGCCUGUUUACCCUGGAACGAAAGUUUACGACAUUGGCAAAUUAUUAUCCGAAAAAGGGUUCGAUUACAUGGCUCAAGUCAAGAUUAUCGACUCAUAUAACCAGGGCGAGGAUAUGUUCGAAAUAGACCAAACGCGAGGGAUCAUAUACAGCAAGAAUUUAAUUUUUCUUUCAGGAAUAUAUAAUCUUAAACUCGCGAUUUAUCUCUACAACCGGAUUGAGACUUACGAUUUGAAAAUUGUGAUCCUAUCUUUGAAAGAUGACGCCUUGCUGGAUUUCGAAUUUCCCAAUUACUCCCUAAAAUUCUCCGAAAAUACUGACCUCACCCAACAACCUCUGUUAAGACUCAAGACAUUUAGCACUCUAGACAAUCUUCCAAUCUUUAGAACCUUACCUCUCAGUUAUUCGUUGGUGAACGACAAGGAAAAUAUCUUUACUAUCGAUCCCUUAUUCGGAGUUUUAUCUCUCAAUUCUUCCGCGCUAACUGGGUUCGAUGCAGAAAUUCAUAGUUCAUUUACACUGAUAAUUAGUGUUGCGUUAAAGUUUCCUUCGUCCCUUAUUACCUUGGCAAAUUUAACCAAAAACCUCUAUCGCCGGCAAACUAAAGUAACGAUAUCAGUGUCCGACCUUAAUGACAACACACCAGUUUUUGAACCCAGAUUUAUGCAAUUAAUAACUGAUCUCAAUUAUGGCGAAUUUUUGAGAUCAGAAAUAUCUUCCUAUGCUCCGGUCAUCGUCGAUUUAAGGCUUAAAAAGUCGCUAUUAUAUUUUGACAAAAAGGAAAUCAAAUUUUUGAAGAUUCAGGCAACAGACAACGAUGUAAGUGCCCCCAACAAUAUCGUAGAAUACCGGAUAAUUAAUCAGGGUUAUAAUGUACCGAGUUAUUGUAAAAAUUCGAAAACAGAGAUUGAGGCAGAUCCUAUCGGCUAUGUUAAUGGAAGUGAUACUUGUAUGCAAAUCAAUUUUGACGGAAAUAGUUCUGGCAUCUAUUACUCAGUGGACCCGAAAUCUGGGGAGAUAUCAUUCGUUGUUCACAAUGUGACCGCUGUACACAGCAAUUUGGAAUAUCAUCUUUAUGUACAGGCUCAAGAUGGAGGCGAUCCAUCUUUGUCGUGCUUUUUGAACCUCACUUUGCAUCUUCAACUUUCUACAAGUGACACCGACCCUAUAAGCGAUUCCUUCUUCACCCCAUAUCAACACCUUAUAGAAUCAGGGAAUUCAUCAAAAUCUUGCGAAAGUUUUAGCUUCGAUGGUGGGUGGAUUUUGGCAAAAUUACCAGAAAACUCUCCCACGGGUACUAUCGUAUUUCGGCUCUUAGCAUCUAUCUUCGAAAACGUCCCUUAUCUUUCCGCCUCCAUUUAUUACGAUAACAUUAAAAAUACGGUUUACGAUGAUAAUAUUGAGAUCGAAGACCAAAUCCAAGUGAUAAACAAUGGGUUUUCAUUCGUUUCAGCCGAUUUGGGGGAUGAGUUCGACUUGAGUUUUUACACCGGAAGGCUAACAUUAGUCAAACCAUUGAAUUAUGAGACCACGAAUUAUUACAAUUUUACUGUGUCAGUAACGCAUAUUAAAAGCAGUGCUUGGUGGAAUUUAAACGCAUCUGUUUCUGUCGAAGAUGUAAACGACAAUGUUCCAUCCUUUACCAAAGCCUUAUACAUAUUCCACAUUUUUGAGACAAACGAAUUGGGUCAAAUUAUUUGCAACGUUACGGCUUCAGACUCGGAUUCAAAUUACAAUUCCUUCCUGGAAUAUCGGAUAGAACCAUGGGAAACGAAUAUCGAAAAUUUGGGGAUUGAAAUGUUCCCAUUUUUUAUCGAAGAUAACAAGUCGGGUCUCGUUUAUAACAACGAUACCUUAGAUUACGAGCUUCACAGGGUUUACGUUUUUAAACUAGUGGCUGAAGAUUUGGGUAUCCCUCGUUUGUCAUCAUUCACUCUAAUUGAGGUCCGCGUUUUGGAUGUCAAUGAUAACCCACCUCAAUUCCCUGCCAAAAAUUACGAAAUCUACAUAGAAAAUAAAUUUAAACCAAGGCAAGUAAUAUUCCAGUUCGUAGCUCAGGACGAAGAUAUAGUAAGCCGCGACAAAUUGGCAUACGGAAUUUUGAGUGGAAAUGAUUGUGCAAUAUUUGAUCUUGAUCCAAUAACAGGAUUCUUGAAUGUCGCUAUUGUACCCGAAUACCCAUUUCUCGAUAGCUUCACUUUAAACGUGACCGUUUUUGACGGGCUUUUUUAUGAUUUCGCCGUUUUAACUCUCCGUUAUAACCAGCUCACUAAAGAUAGACCCUUCACGUUAAGGGAAUUUUACAGUUUUAUCGAUUUGGAAGUCUUGAAGCGUGGGGACGAAAAUUUAGACCCGAAUGACACUUUUAUGGAAUCGUUAGGAACCUUGACGUUCGAACAAACGCUUUACAUUAACGGAAAUAUUGUCUCACCGACUCUUUUGGGAAAAGUAUCAAUUCCGUCUCAUUUAACGCCCUUAUUAGCUUACUCAACUAACCCCAGCAUUCAGUACAAACUCAUAUCUAGCUAUCGCGACAUAAAUUUUUCACUCGUUCCUUCACCUACCAACGGAGACUAUUCAGCCUUUUUGUAUUUGACUCACGGCUCCUUUAAUGUCUCCUUUUUUUUGUCAUUAGUUGUACUCGUUAAUAUGACUCCUUCACCAGUAAAUCUGUUCGGAACCUUAAGAUUGAUCAUCUUGAACAGAACCGAGAAGCCCGAAAGACCUAAUUUUAUUGUCAAGUAUUACAACGUGGACGUUAGCAACCUCAUAGUAGGUGGAACCGAACUGUUGAGGCUCGAACCGUUACCCCAAUUAAACCCUUCCCGCUUGGAGUACCUGGUAUUGGCAAACACUAGUAAUCAAACGCAUUCGCCGUCAUCAUUUCAUUUGGAGAAAUGGGUGGAUAUAGAUAAGACUAGUGGGAUUGUUAGGCUCAAGAGAAGCUUGAAGGAAUAUUUCCAUCAAGGGGGAACGAAAGAAAGGUCCUUCGACAUUAGCUUCACUGCCAGAAUUCGGGAUAAGCGCAAUGUGUUGGAUUUUAACGAUGUACCGAUUACGGUGUCCGUUAAGGAUAUCAAUGACGAAGCCGACUUUGGAUGCUCAAAGCCCUUUUACCACUUUAUGAUUCCGGAAGACUCCACCCAUGGUUCCAUCAUAGGUCAUAUCUCGUCUAUUGCCUCAGGCGAACCUAGUGUUUCUUCUGUUGGCGCAAAUUAUUCUUAUUUCUUGGUUCCAGGCUUUGUCGAAUCUAAUAAUGCCUUCUAUACUUUCAUCAUUGACAACGUUAAUGGUUCUUCACAGGGCAAUCUUAAGUUAAAUCCAUCAGGCCCAGGUUUAGAUCGGUCAAAAAUUCAGGAAUACCUAUUCAAAGUUGGUGUAAUUAGGCACUAUGAUAAAAUCAGCCUCAAACGGUAUUGCAAUGCGAUGGUGACGGUCAAGAGUUCUACAGUACCUAAACUAGUUUUUGAGUGUGAGACAAUUAAUAAUAGUGAUGCCAUUUAUAAUUUUACCAGAUAUCCCAUUUUCAAGCGAUUGGUACCUGGAUAUGAAGAUAGUUCUAACCUGACAGAAUCUUUAAAUACUUGUCAAGAAAUAGACGUAUAUGAAGAUGCUUAUGAUUUGAAAGAUCGCGUUAACGGAUCGUCUUGUCCGAUUCGGCCUCCGCCGUUAUUCAAAAUUAGGGCCCAUUUUGCAGACCUCCUCAAUUCUGAGUCAGCCAACCUUACCUACUCUAUAGAAUCCGUCCACACCAUACCAGCCAAGAAAAUGGGCAAAAUAAAUGUCUUCACACACGAUACUGAAAUAAGGCUGGAAAAAGCGGACUCGUUUGCCCAAGGUUUAAUCAUCGAUCAUACACUCGGUUUGAUCUAUUUUGAUCCUUCUCUUGUGAAUGAAUGGGGAAAUGGCAACGAUUACACGCUCGAUCGCGAGCGAGUAAGAGCGUACAUAAUCAACGUUACAGUAAUUUAUUUCGGUGAUGAUUUCGAAAAUAAAGACAAAAUUUUUUCUAAUCACAAAUACUCCCAUCAUGAUGUGGAGCAUUUCAAAGGCCGAAAGAUUUGGGCCCACUUCUUGGUUAACGUUGUAGAUAUCAACGAUAAUUCCCCUCAUUUCUUGGAUUCCUCUGGCCAAAUCGUCAAAGAGUACCGAUUUAGUUCAAUGGAAGGGCAUAUACAAAGUAAUAAAUCCAUUGCACAAAUAACUGCCAUCGAUCCCGAUGUUGCGGAUAAACUGACCUUUUAUUUGAGAGGCAAACACUCUAAUCACUUUCUAAUAAGAAACGAUGGCUCUUUAUACGUGGCCUCCCAUGGUUUGGACCGUGAAAAGGUUUCUUCUUAUAACCUAAGCCUAUCUGUUACGGACGGUUUACACAUCGCCCAUGCUAAUUUACUCAUAACGGUCUUGGAUGUGAACGAUAACGCGCCCGUUUGCCAGGAUGAGUUAGUUCUAUGGAUACCCGAGGAUAUCCCUUCACAGUCUUACGUUGGAAUGAUACACGCUAGUGAUGUUGAUUCUACCAGCAUAGGCAAAUUAACCUAUCAGAUUGUUCAUUCUGACCGAAACUUUCAUAUCGUGAACAUAGAUCACAAUCAAGGUCUCAUCAUGAUAAUCAGUCCAGGGUUAGACAGGGAAACUAUCCCUCACUAUAGCUACACAGUUAAGGUCAUGGACCAGGGUUCCCUGUUUUGCCUGACUAAAUUAGUUAUCAAUCUUUUAGACGUGAAUGACAACCCUCCUCUAUUCAUGCUAUCGUCCAAGCACCGGCGGUUUUUCACUUUUCCACUCAAUAUAUUCGAACUGCAUUCGAACCAAUCUUACUGGAUGAUAACCAAGGUCACCGCCAUGGACCACGAUACAGGUAAGAACGCACAAAUUAAAUACACUCUGUCUAUCCUGAGUCCGCAAAGAGGAAGCUUACCGCAUCUCACUAUCGAUCACUCUUCCGGAAUAAUAGGUAUCAAUAAUUCCGCUUCGUCAUUCCUUUCACGACUCGGUAAUUUGACCGAAACCGAUAAAAUUAUUCGUUUUCAAGUUAGGGCCACUGAUUCAGGAAAUCCAUCGCUUAGCACGUAUCUUAAUAUGACCCUUUCGCUGAUUGACACUCCUAUCCGACAUAUAAGCAACUAUUAUUUGAAGUAUUAUUUAGGCGUACCUUCGGACUUGGCUCUUGGGUCUGCUCUGAUUCACGUAGAUGACCUUUUUCCAAAUGCUGAAAGCGUUAAUGACAGCUCAUCAGAGUAUGAGAUAACUAAUGGAAACGGCGAGGGCUAUUUUACCCUGGGCAAAGAUGGGUACAUCACGUUGAAUGAAUCCUUAACGAACGUUUUUCAAAAAGCUAAAGCUCCUUUCGAUAGAACAUCGUUAAAUUUUUCCGUGGACUUAUUCAAGCGAAACAAGGCGUUGAAUGAAAUAACGGAAUGCGCUCACCUGAUUAUAGAGGUCAAAAUGGUUAAAAUAUAUGGCUCAUCCGCCGCCGAUCUCACAACAUUGACUGUUCCAACUUCCCUGAUUCCAAUGAGCACGACAACUGACAAUACUAUAACGCCGGAUCUUCUCUCAACUACUAAUUAUUACCCAUCCUCGUCUACUAUCACCAAAGAAAAUAGGAGCAUUUGCGAAAAUAUCGACGCUGAAAAUAGUACGAAUUCGAAAAACGCCCAAUAUUAUUCCUACACUUUACCAUUACAAUAUCGGCAGGUACCACCUGGAAAACUCUUGACAGCCUUUUACGGUUCCCAUAUUACUUUAGUUUGUUGCCCAAUCGGUUUUCUUUGCCGAUCCGAACAAUUAUUCCAAUUUGAUUCUAUUUCCAAAACUCUUAUUUCAGGAACAUUUUUGGCGCCAGGCACGUAUCAUUUAUUCGUAGAAUCUUCGACCACAGAAAAUGGGAAAAAUCUCGAGUCCCCCAUGGUAAAAGUAAUUAGGUUGGAUGUUUUGGGAAUAUCUGAUAUAUCCAUUCAUACAUCAGAAGAAAUUUCUCGAAAUUCGAUCGUGAUGGAAUUACGUCCUAUUAAUGUUAUCAAUUUUUACCUGUUAAACAUGUGGGAGACAUUUAUCGAUAAAAUGGCCUAUAUAUUUGACACGGAGAAAAAGAAUAUUCACCUAUUAUCGAUAGUUCCCCUAACAAACUCUAAAAUUGAUAAUGUAAUUUCAAAGAUGGGAAAAUUUUUCAAGAGAGGUCAUCAUUCAGAUAACGAGGAUUCAAUUCAAAUAAUAUUUGCCAUAUCGACUACUGACCUUGCAAAUGGCUCAUUUUCAUUGGUCCCUCCAGAAUUAAUUAUUUCCAGGUUGGAGAGUUCGAACGGCUCCAAAAAAUUAGCCAGUGUAUUAGGUCUUCACCUAGUUAGACCUCUCAAAAAUUCAGCAUGUCUAAAUAGAUCGAUUUUAUGCCCAAAUCAAACGCAAUGCGUAUCAAUAGUCAAUAUAGGAUUUUCGAAUAAACCUGAUGAUAUGUACCCUAUUGUCCUAUUGACACAUAAUUGUAUAUUAAAUUUACAAACAAAUACGGUAAAACCUGUUAACGUUUCUAUGGAUGAGCUAACCAGAGUUCUCGAAAGUGCUACCACAAUUUCGCCGCAAGCUGCCUGUUGCUCCGCAGAUCAUGGUGACAAUUUUAACACUUCACUAUCACUUCUCAUGGGUUCUGCCAUUGAAAAUGGUCGUUUAUUAAAUAUUAAUACAAUUGCCAAGAAUUAUAACGCCUUCACUAAAGCUUCUUUUAAUGUUGAUACCCAUGUCGAGAAAGUAAAUCCCCAGAAGAAAAGCCAAUUAAAUUUAUCAAAAAAAUUCAACGAUUAUAGUUACAAAGCUAAAACCAAAAAUCUUAACUACAAAAUAUAUGAGCAGGGGCCACCUGGUACUUGUCAUUUAGCCCAAAUAACACGAGAAAGAAAUUUGCAUGGUUUCAUUAAUAGAACAUUCGAUACCAUAGUCCUAGCCUUAAUUAAGAAUGAUCCUCUAAGACAACUCAUAGACGAAGACCAUGAAAACGUGGUUUCUAUAGACGGGUCAUCAUACUCUGAUGAGAGUUAUGCCCACUUCUACCUCAAACGCUGGCCUGCAAAUUCGAAUCCUGUUGAAACCGGGUUUGACAAAUCCCAUAAAACCAUCAAGGCACGGACUAUGCCCUUAAACAUUUCGUUCGACCUUGCCAUUCCAUCUAUUCCUGAGGUUAGGAUUGGUUACGUCACCGUUAUAACAAUUCGAUUUAGGGUAAUCAACAAGGCUGAGCAGCAUAUUUCUAGCUUAAGAGGUCCCCAUCAAAUUUAUUCCCUAAGCUUGCAGAAGCAUCAUGGUCGUUCGGGAUCCCUCAGGCUAAUAACCACUUCACGCAUUGAUCGUGAUAUAAAACAAUAUCAUUAUCCGCAAGUUACUCGAAGCGGAAACGUUUCUCUAUUAUUGUUUCAUGCCAGAGAGGGGCAACGAUCACACAUAUCAGAAAAAUCAGGUGACUCCUUAGAUGUAUUAGAGAGGGAAAAUGAUGAAAAUGGAGAAGAAAAGGAAGAGAUAGAAACUCAGAUGCAAAAAGCCGUUUUGGGAUUGGGUAAGCUAGAUCCAAUAGGGAAAGCUAAUGAUUGGAGCCUGGCUCAUAUAAGAAUUUAUUCCAAUGACAUGAGAAAAGGAAGGGUCGAGGUUCAACUCUCCGUGCUAAGUGGAUCGUCUAAAUCGCUAUAUUUAAAAAAAGGAAGAAUUAUUCCAGUUAUAGCGGAGGUUGGGGAAUGGGAAUUGAUUUUGGGCACCCGCUGGGAUGGUGUACAAAGUGACAAUAAAACCGGCUUCGUUGGGUGUUUAGCUAAUUUACAGAUUAAUGGAUUUAGCCCCAUAACCAACAUUUUAAACCACGAUUCUCUCUUCUACGAUAUCACUACAAAGUCAACCAUAGGAUCUCGGCUUUACAACGACUCAACUCUAAUAUCGCUAGACAAUAAUAAUUUUCUCAUUAAGAGGACUCGUUUAAUUAACGUCGAUUAUGAGUGUCCAGCUAAAAUGAACCGUAACCACCCUCUUAACCCUAAAUUCUUGAUUAAUGAUACAAUCGAAGGGCAAUGUCUAAAUCGAAUAGAUGAAAGCAGGCCCGAAAUAUCGCAAUUCUUAGGCGUCAAAAAUUUUGGGAUUAAAUGGGCAUGCGAAUCUCAGCUUACGAGUACAAGGAUUAACCUGUCGAUCAAAGGAUGCGGUGAAGUAUGCCCCAAUGGAAAAGGCACGAUAUAUUUUAAGAGCCCACAAAUUGAAGAAGAAUCUCCUUACUCUACAUCAUACUGCAUUUACCAACUCACAUUUAACGAUUCCCAAAUAAUUGAUGUUAAGACUCAUGGCAACAGCUCAUCAACAUUAAUCCACUCCAUAAAAGGAUGGUUUGCAUCUCUAGAUCCCGUAGACUAUCUCAAAUUCUUUUUUACGUUGCCCGCCAUAGUUUUCAUGUCUCUAACCAUGUUAAUGGUUUGCGGACAUUAUUUUUGUCGAUACAAAAGAAGGAGGAAAAAUGGUCAUCUCAAGAAGCUUACAUCGUUUUAUUUCCCGACAAGUGCUAAUGAUGUUAAUGAGAAUUAUAAUAAUAACGGAAUUAAAGGACACAUUGAUCCUAAUAACAAUUAUAAUCGGAGCUUGAAUGUCACUAAUGAUAGCCCAAGUGGAACUGAAAGAUCUACUCUCAUCAAAAGUAAGGUAGGCAAAUACGGAAAGGAUUCUAAAAAUUGUGAUAAAGGUGGAUCUCGAUAUGCCAUGCUUUCAACUCGCAAAACGCUUCAAAUUACAGAUGAUAUAGCCAGAGACCCCCAAUUAUGUGUCCUGAUGAGUAAAAGCCUCAAAUUUAAGGAAAAAAACGAAAGAAAGCUUAAAAAGAGGAGUAAUUUUUUUAAAUUUUUCGGUAAAUCCGACCACAGCCAAUCCCACCAAAACAUAGAUGAGAGCUUAUCCUAUAACCCUUCAACCCCGAUGGUUCGCUUAAAUAACAACGUAAUUAUCCACCGCAACAAUUUAGCGGUGAGCCGAUCAAUCUUAACCGAAUCUCGCUCCGACAAUAUCGAUAAAGGCUCGUUCCAAAAAUGCUUGCCUAGAGCAAAGGAUAAGGCCGUCUAUAGCAGUUACGAUGAUAAUGAAGAUGAUGCUAGCAGCAUGGAUCGUACCUGUACCCUCAAUAGUAGUAUGACCACAAUAUCCCAUCAGAAAAGCAAAGUGACAACUGUUACUGGUCAUACUGCUAAAUCUCAGCAAUUUACGCUGAAUCUCAAUGUCAAUACUUUUCUUAGCGAUCCACUUUCGGCUGGCAACGAUAAUAAAAAUGGCGGGAAACUCACGAAUGCAAAAAGCCAGCAGACUGGUGUUUGCGACGAAAAAUUGCUAAGAGAUAUAACUAAAGACGAAAUGAAAAGAAUAAGCAAAUUAAGCAACUUCGAUCUCGACACAUCCCCAAAUACGAAGGAAUGGAACAUGAAUAACAUCGUCGCCAUUCAAAACGAUAAAACUAAUAAUUUAACAAUAAAAAAUGAUUUAAAUCUGAAAAGUAGUCACUACAACAAACUGGCCUAUGAUUAUUACCCUCCUUGCAACCUCAAUAUGCAAGAUAAAUUAAACUUCCAAUGUAUGAAUGACGAAAUACAACUUCUUUUAAUGAAUGGUAAAGAAGUUCGGGACGAAAACAUAUUCAAGCCAUCGCCCUUAACUAAACACUACAAGCUUUCUUUCAAGGAACCCAAAACUAAUAAUUUUGAUAGAAAAGCUAAUCAACGUUUAAACACAUUACUGACCAGCAAUAAUAAAUUCGAUAGGAUUUACACCAAGAACAAAAACCGACCUUUAUCCUUCAACCAGGCCAUAUCAUUUAACUCACGUUCAGAACUCAAAAAUCUUGUACCUCGACACUUUAAAAGUAAUCAUACUCUGGCAGCUCAGAAUAACACGGAAACGUCAAUCAUAAAUUCUAUAAGCACGGACGAAAGUUUUGACAAUUACAAAGGCGCCUUCGAUAUCAAAAAAUUGUUCGCGCUCUUAAACCCUGAAUCUCAAAUAAGCACCACACUGGCUGAGAGCCAGAGACUCGAUAAUAUUUUAAAUAAUGCGAUCGAUGAUUAUUUUUAUACGCCAUCAAAUGACGAGAAUUUAGAUACCGAAAAUACAGGAUUACUAAAUCCAUAAACAGUUUUUUUUUAUUUUUAUAUCAAUGUUAAAGUCUUUCAAGCUCAUUUAAAGCUAGUUUAAACAGCCAUAUUCUAGUUACAACCCCUCGUUUCAAAAUUUAUUACAAAAUUAAUGCAAUUUCGAUUAUUUUUGAAUGUAUUUUUUUACAUAAAAACUUUUAAAAUAAAUUAAAACAUAACUCGUUUUUUUAGAGAUAUCGACUUUACGACCAAUCAUUUGAUAAAUGCUCAUCCAUUACAAUUGUACCGUAUUUUUUUGCCCCAAACUACAUCAUUUGAAAAAUGCAUUUAUCUCCUAAAAAUUUAAUUAAAUUAAGUUUUAAAUUUUUCAAACUCUACUCU